UUGGAGAAGCCUGAGGGUCCGAGCUCGGGACUGAAUAAGACUCUUUGCUUUUGCAUACGAGUUCGACUCCUGGUGAUCUUUGGGGACCCUAGGAUCUGGGCAUAACAUUUGGGGGUUCAUCCGGGAUCCCCCAAGCCUCCCAGGACCCCCGAACCGUAGAGUCAAAACCCGGCCGGUAAGUGAAUGUUUGUGCUCUGUCUCGGUGUCUCGGCACUCCGCCAAGUAGCCUGCAGGCGGUCUAGGGGGACCCGCCGGACGCCGGUGCCACCGGACUUUGGAGACGUCGCGGACCCGCGUGUAGGGGAUUGGAUCCCCUCGUAGACUUGAAGAGACAAAGCGGGUCGCUCCCGCGGCACGAUCGCCAGCGGGAGGACAGAGUGAGCCUUUUUGUCUUUCGCGCUUCUGUUUGCUUUCUGUCUGGACUUACUUCUUUGUGACUGACGCCAUGGGACAGAUCCAGACCACUCCUACCACUCCUUUAUCUCUGUUCUUAGACCAUUUCAAGGACUAUAAAACUAGGGCUAGAAGACGAGGCUUAGUUGUUAAGAAGAAGAGACUAACCACAUUUUGCAGGGAGGAAUGGCCAACCUUCAACGUUGGCUGGCCGCCAUCGGGGACUUUGAACCUACCCGUGAUUUUUAGGACCAAGGAUAUUAUUUCUGGACGACCGGGACACCCAGACCAAGUCCCCUACAUCAUCACCUGGCUGGAUGUGGUCCAGAACCCGCCAAAAUGGCUCAAGCCUUGGCUGCCACUACCGCAGCCAAGCGCCACUGUACUCGCCCAGGAAAACAGCGAGAAACGAAAAACUGAAACUAACUCUGCGGCCCCUCUUUAUCCUGUCUUGCAGGGUAGCACUGAGGAAGACCUUCUCUUCUCACACCUGCCUUACAGAUCCCCACCAGGGGGUCGCCCAGGCCCUCAACCUGAGGCCCCAGAAGGGGCUCAAGGGUUCCCCUUGGUGAUCCCACCUCACACUCAAGAGAAAGCCCAACAAAAGCUGUCUAGUCGCCCAGGCCCUCAACCUGAGGUCCCAGAAGCGGCUCAAGGGUUCCCCUUGGUGAGCCCACCUCACACCCAAGAGAAAGCCCAACAAGAGCUGCCUGGACUGUCUGCGGCUGAGUCCACAGUUCUCACCUUGAGGGCAACAGGCCCCCAAGACGAUAGGGGAAACCAAUUGAUGAAAUAUUGUCCCUUAGAUGUUAGGGAGCUAUAUAACUGGAAAUACAAGUACCCGCCGUUCUCAGAGAAACCAGCAGCGUUAAUUAACUUAUUAGAGUCUGUUUUUUUAACCCACCAGCCCACCUGGGAUGACUGUCAGUUGCUCUUGAGGAUCUUCUUCACGACUAAGGAACGAGAGGAGAUUUUACUUGAGGCUGUGAAAUUGGUUGCAGGAGCAAAUAAUAACCAAACUCUUGUUGAUACAGGCAUUUACACCAGACCAUACUGGGAUUUUAACUCGGCAAACGGUAAGGAGAAUCUCCGGGCAUACCACCAGACUCUGAUAAGAAGCCUCAGGGUGGCUGGUCAGGGACCCGCUCAUUUGGCCAAGGUAUGUAGUGUGUAUCAGGAAAACACAGAAUCACCCGCAGCCUUUUUAGAAAGGAUUCUGGAGGCCUAUCGCACCUACACGUCCCUAGACCCAGAGGCACCUGAGAACAAGUCAGCAGUCAUUAUGGCUUUUGUACGUCAGGCUGCUCCUGACAUCAGGCGUUAUCUAAUGCAGAGAAUAGAUAGGCUAGGGGAAAUGAGUUUGCAGGAGUUGCUGGUGGUAGCUGGGGAAGUGAUUGACAACAGAGAAAUACUUAAGAAGAAACAGUUACAAGCCCCCAAGGAGCUACAAAAUCAAAGGUUGGCCAGGAUCUGUAUGGCUCUGUCAGCAGAUUCCCCGGAAGAGAUAUACCACCAACUGCGCCAACUCAUGGACGGGAAAGGUAAGUGGCCCCAACAAAAGGGGAAACCAAAGCUCAAAAAGAACCAAUGUGCAUACUGUAAGAAGAUGGGACACUGGAUCAAGGACUGCCCCAAGAAACCUCCAAAGAGGGACAAAGGGGGACAGGGUUCGUACCCCCUCCCUGAACCCAGGGUAUCCCUUAAAGUAGAGGAGAAACCCAUUAGUUUCUUAGUAGACACAGAGGCACAAUAUUCAGACCAAACCCAAUCCCGUGGCAAACUGUCCUCAUCUCUCCCGAAUGAGCUCUCAACCUGGUUAACCAAAUUCCCCUCAGCUUGGGCAGAAACUGGAGGAAUGGGGCUGGUGGAGCAUAGAGCCCCCAUUUGUGUUGAACUGAAACCAGAGGCAACUCCUGUCCAAAUAAGACAGGACCCAGUCUCCCAAGAUGUCAAAGCGGGUAUCACACCCCACAUCAGAAGGCUCAGGGACUCAGGUAUACUAGUACCUUGCCGGUCCCCAUGGAAUUCACCCCUACUCCCCAUCAAGAAGGCCAACUCCAGUGACUACAGACUAGUCAUGGGCCUCAGAGAGGUAAACAAGAGAGUUAUGGACAUACCUUCCACAGUACCAAACCCAUAUACCCUCCUGAGUUUGUUAACACCUUCUAAGAGUUGGUAUACAGUAUUGGACCUCAAAGAUGCUGUCUUAAGCCUGCGUUUAGCCCCACAGAGCCAACCUCUGUUUGCGUUUGAAUGGCACAACCCAGAAAAAGAACUCAGUGGACAACUAACAUGGACCAGACUGCCACAAGGCUUCAAGAAUUCAACAACCAUUUUUUACAAGGCUCUACAUGAAGAUCUGGGUGAGUACAGGCAGGAACAACCCAAUACCACCCUCUUGCAAUAUGUAGAUGACCUCUUGGUGGCAGCAGAGACCAUGGAAGAAUGUCAACAGAGUACCAAGGACCUGCUAAUGGCACUGGGGACAUUAGGCUAUAGGGCAUCAGCGAAGAAGGCUCAAAUCUGCCAACAAGAGGUAACGUACUUGGGAUGCGUCCUAAAAGGGGGCCAACGAUGGCUAUCAGAGGCCAGAAAAUAUACCAUUUUGAAGAUCCCCACACCCACCACAAGACAGAAGGUCAGACAAUUCUUGGGGUCAGUAAACUUCUGCCGACUUUGGGUCCCUAAUUUUGCAGAAUUGGCAAAGCCCCUCUCUGAGGCCACCAAAAAAGAGAAGCGCUUCCAGUGGACUGAGGCCCAGGAAGACUCUUUCAAUAGACUCAAACAGGCCUUAAAAGUGGCCCCUGCAUUGACUCUACUUGACAUCACCAAGCCUUUUCAUCUAUACAUAGAUGAAAGCAAAGGCAUAGCUAAAGGAGUCCUCACUCAAAUGUCAGGCUCCUGGAAUCGCCCAGUGGCAUACCUAUCAAAGGAAUUAGACCCUGUGGUUUCUAGAUGGCCUUCAUGUUUGAGAAUUAUCGCUGCCACAGCCUUGCUAGUCAAGGAUGCAGACAAACUGACUCUGGAACAAGUACUUCACAUUACCACUCCCCAUGCCGUUGAAAGGGUUCUCAAACAACCUCCAGGUAGAUGGGUGAGCAGUGCACGCAUGACUUGCUAUCCGUUUUUUACCAAGCGCUGCCCUGAACCCAGCCUCUUUGCUACCAGACCCAGAUUUGGAGGCCCCUUUACAUGAUUGUGUGAGCAUACUAAGCCAGGUGCACAGACUCAGGAAAGACCUAAGGGACCCAGCCACUGCCAAAUGUAGAAGCCACUUGGUUCACAGACAGUAGGAGCUUUGUGCUCAAUAGACAAAGGUAUGUGGGGGCAGCAGUAUUAUCAGACUCAGAAACUGUAUGGGCGUCUGCUUUGUCACCCAGCAUGUAUGCACAACAGGACAAACUUAUAGCCCUAACAGAAGCCUUAAAAUUGGGAAAAGGCAGAAGACUCAACAUUUAUACAGGUAGCAGGUAUGCCUUUGCUACAGCCUGUGUCCGUGGAGCCAUUUAUCAGGAGAGAGGACUCCUGGAGGCUGAAGGAAAGACUAUUAAAAACAAACAGGAGAUCCUAAACCUGCUGGAGGCACUUUGGCUUCCAAAACAACUGGCUAGUAUACACUCCCGAGGCCAGCAAAAGGCAACUAUGCCUGAAGCAAAAGGCAGUCAGUUGGGGAGAUUUGGCAGCCAAGACAGCAGCUCUCAAUCCUAUAGCAGCUUUGACUUCCCAACUGCCUGACCCAGGAGCUCCAGUCCUACCAGAGAAGCCUGAAUACUCCAAAGAGGAUGCUAUCUCUACUUAUAAACUGCCUAUGUCCCAUAAGCCUGAUGGCUGGUGGCUCACUGGAGACUGCAAAAUAAUCCUGCCCAGCAAUUUGGCAGCCAGUCUGCUCCAGCAUAUAUACUGGACAACCCACUUGGGCAUCAAGAAAACUGAGGAUCUGGUAAGAAAGGCAGACCUAAAAAUAUUCAACCUCAGGUCCCAGAUCAGACAGAUUGCCUCCAAGUACUUGAGCUGUAAGCUCACUAAUACAGAGAAUCAACCAAAGGAUAAAGGACCAACCUGGGGAAAACCUGGGAAAUGGACUUUACUGAGAGGUAAGACCAGGGAAAUAUGGUUACAGGUACAUACUAGUGCUUGUAGAUACCUUUUCAGGAUGGACUGAAGCAUACCCCAUCAGGCAUGAAACAGCACAAAUAGUGAUCACGAAAAUACCAGAGGAGGUGCUUCCCAGGUACGGAAUGCCAGCCCUCCUAAGCUCUGACAAGGGACCUGCCUUUGCCACUCAGGUAACACAGGGGAUGGCUAAAGCCAUUGGGAUGGAUUGGAAACUACAUUGUACUUACAGGCCCUAAAGCUCAGGACAGGUAGAAAGGAUGAAUAGAACUUUAAAAGAGACCCUUGCUAAAUUAAACUUGGAGACUGGUGGGAACUGGGUGACUCUCCUCCCCUUCGCCCUCUAUAGGGUUCACCACACACCCUAUACAUUGGCUUUAACCCCUUAUGAAAUCAUGUUUGGAAGACCCCCUCCCACUUUACCUAACCUAAAAUCUGAAGUGUUAGCUGAAAUUGAUGAUUACCACUUGCUUGACUCUCUUGAACAUCUAGCCCACAUCCAAUAGCAGCUCUGGCCUUGCCUGAAGGCUAUUUUUGAGGUGCACCACCUCUUACUCCCCACUGCUACUGUUCUAGAGACUGGGUCUUCCUGCGAAGAUACCAGAAGGGGAUUCUAGAGUCCUGCUGGAAAGGACCCUAUGUCUUGGUCCUAACAACACCCACUGCCCACCAGGUUGACAGGAUUGCUACCUGGAUAUGUCACACCCACACUUGUCUUGUAGACUCAGAGGACAUCUCCCCAUGAUGGUGUGUUGCCCAAGACCAGGGGAACCCAUUAAAACUCAAGCUCCAGUGCUCCUAAGCUUAUGGACAUGGGCUGUCUGCAUCUUGCUUCCAGGAGUUGCCAGCUCCCUGGUUCUAGCUGCCACCAGCUCUGGAACCUAACCUGGGCUCUGAGUGAUCCAUCCACUGGUGACAUUCUCCACCAGCAGAGCAAGACAGUCCCCCUUGGCACCUGGUUCCCCAACCUCCACUUCGACCACGUUGGGAAGCUGAAUCUCUCUUCCGCUCCUCCUGGAAUCGCACAAAGGAGAGAUUUUGGCGUCACAGCCGCCAUUGUUGCCAUUAUUGCGACAGCGGCAGUUGCUACGGCGAUGACCACCUCCGCCCCGGCUUUAUCAGGCACCGCACAGACUGCGGCAGCGGUUAAUGAGCUCUCAGCCGCUCUAACAGAAGCCAUUGAUACCAGAGUCACUGCAGAAAAUCAACUAAAAGGAGGUCUUAUGAUCGUUAAUCAAAGAAUAGACCUCCUACAAGAACAAAUUGAUAUUUUAUGGCAAUUGGCACAAUUGGGAUGUGAAAUAAAAAUGCCAGGACUCUGUGUGACCUCUGUGCUAUAUGAUAAUUUUACAGCUGCAGCUAAAUUGUCAAAAGAAUUAUCUUUACAGCUCAAGACCAACUGGAGUCAAGAAUUUGACAAGACCCUGAUUCGACUGAGACAAGCAGUCACCCGUAUUAAUUCCACAUGGGUGGACGUUAAUUUUGCUAAAGAUCAUAGUGGCUGGCUUUCCUCUGGCUUUUUCCUCUGCAUUUUCCUAUUUCAAAGAGUGGGUUGGAACAGGGAUCUUUGGGUCAAUGUUGUGCAUAGGAGUCGUGUUCUGUAUCUGGAUGGUCCUCAGGCUACACCGACAGAGGCAUCGAGAUCGCUGCAUGAUGGUUCAAGCACUUGUCGCACUAGAACAAGGGGCAUCCCCCCAAGUUUGGAUAAAUAUUCUCAGGCAAUGAGACACUAUCUCGCAAGACUUCUUAAGGGCACAGGUUCCCAUUUCACUAAGAGUCUGCUAAUAGUCCUAUGGCGCCUCCCAGGGCUCAGGUUCCCAUUGCACGGGAGUACAGGCCCAUAGGGUCUCCCAUUUGGAUUAGCCUCGAUCGCUCAAGCUGUUCAAUCAGCAAGCUGAUCGGCAUGAUCUAGUUGGAUUGCCUUUUAAGUAAUAAAAAAGGGGGAGAUGUUGGGAGCCGCAAUCGCCAUAACGAGAUGGCGACGGCGACUGCUUCCGGGUUCCUCACGGAAGGCCUGGAUACUAGUGCGCAUGUGCAAGCCACGCGCGCCUCUUAUGCUAAUUUAGGCUUACGCCAGGGACCAAUCCAGAUUAGACACACCAUGUUGCGAGCACUGACUGACCAUUCAGGAUCCGGGGGCUGGGACUUCUUGGGCUAUAUAAGCAGCCACUUUUCUGCAGUUCGGGGCCCUCUCGCCUGCAACCUAAAAGAGCUGUAAUAAACCGUGUGUCAGAAGAA